GACUGGCUCUUUUUUUUCAAACCACGAGCAAAAUCGGGUUGCAGAUCGUAGAUAUCGUACGAGAAAGGAGAACAGGGAGGAGGACAACACGCGGGGAUUGUCAUUUCGUAACUUUGCGCUCGCCUCCCGAUCUACCGAAAAUAUUUGCGCGACGGGACUCGGCGAAAGGACCUCGGCACUGUACGCGAAAGCGCCUGGCGGUUGGACUGCGAUCGCCAGUCAGUAGUCCGGUCAGUCGAGCGACUAUGGAGUCGAUCGCGCGUCUUGUCAAGGUGUCCGUGCCGAAUUAUCUGGCCGGCCUACCGAUCCCCGACUCGAUAGGCGGGUGGUUCCGACUGGGAGUGAGGGACUGGUUUGCCCUUCUACCACCCACUGCCCUUCUCGCCGGUAUAGGAUACAUGUCCUACAGGGCGUUUUGCCCUCACGGCAGACCUGUGCCACAUGGUUGCGUUAAUCUGAAAAUAAAGAAAGAUAUUGACAAAGUAGUGGAUACUGUUGAUAUUGAAGAUAUCUCUGACAAAGCUGUAUUUUGUCGCUGCUGGAGAUCUGAAAAUUGGCCGUACUGUGACGGUUCCCAUGGACGUCAUAACAAGGAACACAAUGACAAUGUGGGUCCACUCGUCAUCACGAACAAGGACUAAACACUGUUACAUUGACUAAUUACCGUCACAUUGGUGAUUUCUCAUCGCUGUAAGAUAGCUGUUUACACACUAUGCUGUAGAUAAAUAUGAGGGAUGGAAUACACAAGAAUUAAUAAAUUUGUAUUCCCCCCUCUAUAGACAAAUUUUACAAAACAAUGUCUACCGGUUUAUUUUUUAAGACGCCUGGUCUCCAAGGGAAGAUUUAUAAAUAAAUUUAUUUCCAUAAUA